GGCGGCGGCGGCGGCGAGGACGGCGGCGGCGGCGGCCGAGGGGGCGGUGGCUACGAGGAGCGGGCGGAAGAGGCGUCGGUGCGGGCGGCUAGGUCGCGGAGGACCCUCGUUGGGAUCAACGACUAUCACCUAUUCUACAAGAUGAGCAACAGCCACCCUCUUCGCCCCUUUACUGCAGUGGGGGAAAUUGACCAUGUGCACAUUUUGUCUGAACAUAUUGGUGCCUUGCUGAUUGGGGAGGAGUAUGGUGAUGUCACAUUUGUUGUGGAAAAGAAACGUUUUCCUGCCCACAGGGUAAUUUUAGCAGCGAGGUGCCAGUAUUUUCGAGCAUUACUGUAUGGUGGAAUGAGAGAAUCACAACCUGAAGCAGAAAUCCCUCUCCAAGAUACCACUGCAGAAGCAUUCACAAUGCUGCUUAAAUACAUCUACACUGGGCGGGCAACGCUGACAGAUGAGAAGGAGGAGGUGUUGCUGGACUUUUUGAGCCUGGCUCAUAAAUAUGGAUUUCCAGAGCUGGAGGAUUCUACCUCUGAGUAUCUCUGCACCAUACUUAACAUUCAGAAUGUCUGCAUGACUUUUGAUGUUGCCAGCCUCUACUCACUUCCCAAGUUAACUUGCAUGUGCUGCAUGUUUAUGGACAGAAAUGCUCAGGAGGUGCUCUCAAGUGAAGGCUUCCUUUCCCUUUCUAAGACAGCACUUUUAAACAUCGUAUUAAGAGAUUCAUUUGCAGCUCCUGAGAAAGAUAUUUUUCUAGCCUUGUUAAAUUGGUGUAAGCACAAUUCAAAGGAGAAUCAUGCUGAAAUCAUGCAGGCUGUGCGUUUGCCUCUGAUGAGCCUCACUGAACUGCUGAACGUUGUGAGGCCUUCAGGACUGUUGUCUCCUGAUGCUAUUCUGGAUGCUAUUAAAGUUCGAUCAGAGAGCCGGGAUAUGGACCUCAAUUACAGAGGCAUGCUCAUACCAGAAGAAAAUAUUGCAACUAUGAAGUAUGGAGCCCAGGUUGUAAAAGGGGAGCUGAAGUCGGCCUUAUUAGACGGUGAUACUCAAAAUUAUGAUUUGGAUCAUGGAUUUUCUAGGCACCCGAUUGAUGAUGACUGCCGUUCUGGCAUUGAGAUUAAGCUAGGUCAGCCAUCUAUUAUCAAUCACAUUCGGAUACUCCUGUGGGACCGAGAUAGCCGGUCUUAUUCAUACUUCAUUGAAGUGUCAAUGGAUGAACUUGAUUGGAUCAGAGUGAUUGAUCAUUCGCAGUAUCUGUGUCGUUCUUGGCAAAAGUUGUAUUUUCCAGCCCGUGUCUGCCGAGUUCAGCAUUUUAAAGUUCUUGCGGGAUGCACCGUUUCCAGGUAUAUUCGAAUAGUUGGGACCCACAACACAGUGAACAAGAUUUUUCACAUUGUGGCUUUUGAAUGUAUGUUUACAAACAAAACCUUCACUCUCGAGAAAGGGCUAAUAGUUCCCAUGGAGAAUGUUGCAACGAUUGCCGAUUGUGCCAGUGUGAUUGAAGGGGUCAGUCGAAGCCGGAAUGCCUUGCUGAAUGGCGACACCAAGAAUUACGAUUGGGAUUCUGGCUAUACAUGUCAUCAGCUAGGAAGUGGUGCGAUUGUGGUUCAACUGGCACAGCCAUACAUGAUCGGGUCAAUACGGUUACUACUUUGGGACUGUGAUGAUCGAAGCUAUAGCUAUUAUGUUGAGGUCUCCACCAACCAGCAACAGUGGACCAUGGUGGCUGACAGAACUAAGGUCUCCUGCAAGUCCUGGCAAUCUGUAACUUUUGAAAGACAGCCUGCCUCCUUCAUCCGAAUCGUUGGAACACACAACACAGCAAAUGAGAACAAAAAUGAUACAUGCCUACAAUGUGUUUCUUGCAGAGAAGAGCUCAUAAACAGAAGCCUGAAACUUUCUCUCUUACCUCUUCUAAACAAACCUGAAAAUUAUAGAAGUAAAUAAAUUGAUAUUUUUUAACACAAAAUUAAAGAACUCUAAACAUCAGGUCAAAAAAGCACCUCUUUUUGGAUAAGGUAACAAAAAUAAAUUUGAAUCUGUACUUAAUAUAUAUUUGAGCCCCAAACCAAAUAUCAUAUUUUUUCUUUUUAAAAAUUUUAAAUUCUAGUACAGUUAAUAUACAGUCUUAUAUUAGUUUUAGGUAUACAAUAUAGUGAUUCAACAGUUCCUACAUUACUCAGCAUAUUUUUAAAAUUCUGCCAAUAAGUCCGAGUUUUUCUUGCAACUUAAACUUACAUUAAGCCAUAUGUUGAUUAUGUAUCAAAUCAGAAAACAAUUUAAAUUUAUCUUUACAUAAUACUAGAUCAAGGUAAUAUUUUUCAUUUGCAGUCACUUAUUUCUUAUGUAAUAUCUUAAAAAAAAAAAAAAAAAACCCAAAACAAUUCUGCCUUUAAUUCCUCCAUGGGACUCUGCAGUUAGGUUUUCCAGCAGAAGGAAUUCUAGUCUGAGAAGGCCAAGGAGCACUGGAGUGAGUGUGAUGAGGGUCUCUCAGGGUUUAGCCCCAACACUAUCACCGCAGUGACCACAUGAAGAAUAAUUUCCCAUGACAGAACCCUAGAGUUGGAAUGCAAGAAUUUCUCUUCCUGGGUGAGUUUCCUGAACCAUCUGUGCAGGGAGCUCCAACCACAUCAAUCAGCCCAUUUGAACACGUUGACCAGUAGGUCACUAAUUAACCGGUGAUCCGUUGCUUUUGGUUGAUGAGCAACUUGCUCAGCUGCCUUACUGAGUUCCCUUACUGUUUGGGGAAGAAAUCCUCAAUGUGGUGUUUCCCACGGGGGAACAUCUUAAUCAUAAAAUAAAUAAUGAACGGGAUCAUAAGACAAAACCCACAAACUGGUCUUUCUCCAAACACAUUAGAAGACACGAAAGUGCUGAAUCUCCCUGGGUAUCAAUAUAGCAAACUAUCAUAAAAAAAAAAUAUAUAUAUAUAUAUAGCAAACUAUCAAAGAGAAAUUUCUUUUCUGGGGCAUCAUUUUGGACAGAGUAGCAACUGUCUUAGAGAACAGCGGGAAUGUGUGUAAGUCAGUGUGAUGGCGAUCAGAGAUGUGAGAGACAAGGUUGCUUUAGGGGAAGGGGGAUGACGAAGUCUGGUGGAGCAGGACUCCUGGGGGAGGCAGCUCUGGAGGAGAGCUGAGGUGGCACAGACAGCCAGGGAAAGGAGGCGGGGGGCACACUCAGGGGGGUCCAGGACAAGCCCAAUCACUAGUCCUAUGGAAGCCAGAACCCUGCCAUCAAUCAGAAUAUUGGGGUCAGGAUGCCUCUUUCUCGCAGUUGAGGGUAGUAUAGGGAGAGGCAGGUUCUCUUCAGCCUUGUCAUCGUUUGCCAUGUGACAUCAGUGGUCUCCAUUUAGUCAGAGUGAGUGUUACCAAAGACUUUUGGUAAUUUCAAGAAUCGCAAAUGGAAUUGGUUGUUGGCAUGUGUGGAUAACAGAGAAAUGUGGAUAAAUAACUUGGCUGCAUCCUCCAUGGAAGACUGCUGCAGACACGGCCCCACUGGGAGGAGGUCAGACAGCGGAUGGCAGGGAUGGCAAGGAGAGCGUAGCCUGUGACUUGAAGAGCAUUCGGAGGGGUGGUGGUUGGGCUGCGUAGGCAGAAGGCCGAAAGCGGCUGCACAGUGUGUCAGUGUUGGAGGGUAGGGGGUUGCUACUGGCAGCCAGGCAGAGGUGGUGCUGGAAACUACCCCGACCUCCAAAUCCCGCCUGCUGCUGGAAUAGCAAAGGCCUCCCGGGCUAACACAGAUUGCAGCUUGCCCAGUGUAGACGUGUGUGUCCUGCCCCCACGGCCAGCCCUUCCUGGUGCAAGGGCCCUGGGCAGCAGCCACGUGUUAAUUUCCAAGCUUCCUGCCAUCGGGCUCCCAGGUGACAGCAGCCCCAGCCACCGGGAGGUUCAGAUUUCUUGAUCACCUGUUUUGGCACGCUUCUGAUUGCCUGCGGCAUUUCAUCCCUAUCCUCUGGGAAGUGUCUGUCUACUGCGGGCAUCUAUCUCUCAUCUUCCUUUGUGAGCACCGCAGCAAGGAAUUCAUUUCAUUUCUUAGCUACGUUGGCGACUUCUGUCA